CUCAGUCAACUCUCUUAAGCGUCUCAGGAACUGAUGCAGGACGGCAGAUCUCGCGUUGUUUGCCGAGGGUCGCACUGAGCCUACUGGGUCAGUCUCUAGCUUCAUUGCAGAGGCUGUCAGUUUGGCGUUCACCACUGGUUUACAUCGUAGCACUUUGGAGUUCAAGAUGGACGCAGUGACAUUGCAGAUCCGCACUCGCCUGUUUUGGGCUCUAUAUAUACGAGAUAUAACCUUCGCUUACAACCAAGGACGCCCUCCACUCAUCAGGCUGUCCGAGUGUAGCAUUGUCCUUCCAGUCGCCGUCGAUAACGAGUAUAUAAAGAAGACGGAGAUCCUCCCGCAACCUGAGAGCAACUCUCCACUAGCAAUUGCCGCCGCCGUAACGACAAUAGAGAUAUAUAUAAUACUCGAACACGUUUGGUUCCCCUUUUCGCUCAAUAAUGUUGUUGUAUUAAAUCUAAAUCAUAGGUCCUGUCGGCUAUCAAUGCGCCAUCGAGGACGCCAGCAGAUGCGUAUGAUCUACACGACCCACGGGCCAGUAGAAGCGAUCUCAUGAGACGGGCAUAAAUGCGGCUAGAUGAGAUUGAGCGACAUCUUCCAACCUAUCUAUCACCUGCUGGCGUUAUGCCCAGCCCAGCUCCCAAAUAUCUCUAUGUUUGUCGCGUUCGGGCCGCUUUCCUGUUUGUUAAAACGCUCAUAGCCCGUCAAUCUCUUGUUGAGGAGUUAGACU